UCACUCCCUACUUUUGCAUGGCGUUUAUCCCUCUUCUUCCUCUAUUUCUAUCUCUAUAUCUAUUAUUUUUCCUUCAAAAUUUCAGUUAAUCUCAUAAAAACUUCACCUUCUUUCAUUAUUUUCUAGCUUAGCUAGCUUUCUUCUCUUCCAUGGCGACUUUAAAACUUUAUUUGUUAUUAGUAUUUGUAUUUAUACAGGUAGUAUGGAAUUGUGAAGCAUCGAGGUGGGACUCAAAUAUCCGCAUGACUACUGAAAAAGAAGCAGAUGCUGGUUUGGAUGAUAGUGGUACUAGGUGGGCACUUCUUGUUGCUGGUUCUCAAGGUUUUGGUAAUUACAGGCACCAGGCAGAUGUUUGUCAUGCGUAUCAGAUAUUAAAAAAAGGAGGAUUGAAGGAUGAGAAUAUAGUUGUGUUUAUGUAUGAUGAUAUUGCUGAUAAUCCGCUUAAUCCUAGGAAAGGUGUGAUUAUUAAUCACCCUAAAGGCGAAGACGUAUAUGCUGGUGUUCCUAAGGACUAUACCGGGGAGCAUGUCACAGCCGAGAACAUGUAUGCAGUGCUUCUUGGGAACAAGAGUGCUGUAAACGGUGGUAGUGGAAAGGUCAUUGAUAGCAAACCAAAUGACAGGAUCUUUUUAUACUACUCUGAUCAUGGUGGUCCUGGUGUGCUGGGUAUGCCAAAUAUGCCAUUCCUUUAUGGUAAGGACUUCAUUGAGGUAUUAAAGAAGAAACAUGCAUCCAAAAGCUACAAGGAAAUGGUAAUAUAUAUUGAAGCUUGUGAAAGUGGUAGUGUUUUUGAGGGCUUGAUGCCCGAGGAUCUUAACAUUUAUGUUACAACGGCAUCAAAUGCUGAGGAGAGUAGCUGGGGAACAUACUGUCCUGGUAUGAACCCUGCACCACCACCGGAAUUCAUGACAUGCUUAGGCGAUUUAUACAGUAUUGCCUGGAUGGAAGACAGUGAGACACACAAUUUGAAGAAAGAAACAAUCAAUCAACAGUAUAAGAAGGUGAAGGAGAGAACUUCAAAUUAUAACACCUAUACUGCUGGAUCCCACGUGAUGGAAUACGGAAAUAAAAGCCUUAAACCCGAAAAACUGUAUCUGUACCAAGGCUUUGAUCCAGCCACUGUCAACCUUCCUCCUAACAGAUUGCCUCUUCAUUCUAAGUUGGGUGUUGUUAAUCAGCGAGAUGCUGACAUUCUAUUUCUUUGGAAAAAGUAUGAAAGAUCAAGAGAUAAACCAGAGGAGAAGCGUAAAAUCCUUCAAGAGAUAACUGAGACCAUGAAACACAGAAUGCAUCUAGACAGCAGCAUUGAACUUAUUGGAAAACUUCUAUUUGGACCAAACAAUGGCCAAUCUGUCCUGAGCACAAAACCAAGACCGGGAAUGCCGCUUGUGGAUGAUUGGGAUUGCUUAAAAUCAAUGGUCCGCGUGUUCGAGAAGCAAUGCGGGUCCUUAACUCAAUACGGCAUGAAACACAUGCGAGCGUUUGCUAAUAUCUGCAACGAGGGGAUCCCGCUUCAAGCGAUGGAGGAAGUUUGUGUAGCAGCUUGCAGUGGGCACAACUCGGGACUGUGGCAUCCUUUGUUCCUAGGCUAUAGUGCUUAAAUGACCAGUCCCAUGGCUAUAGUAGAAAACAAACUGCCAUUGUAUGUGCCUCAGUGGCCUGUCUGUAUUAUAUAAUAUAUAUAGGUGGUGUUCGGGUAGUUUACGUAUUUGUCGUAUGUUGAGUAUCAAAUGAUGGUGUUACACAAACUAGAAAAUGACACUUUGUUUUGUGGUGUGUGAUCUAUAGUAGAAACCUUUGGUAGAGGAGUUACCCAGUCUAAUUGGCUAAUUAAUUAAUUCAAGUGUAUUACAUGGUUCAAGUUUGUUUUCAAAAUAAGUAAUUGGGAAUUUAUGAA